AAUGAUUCGAAUAGUUUAGAUGAAGUGGAAGAGCCUGCAAGUGGAUCAGUGCAUGAAAUAGUACAGAAUGCCUAUGAUUUAGCUGUGGAUGCUGUGAUCUCACAAGGUUUAAGUUUGAAAAAAUCGGCUGAAAAAUUUGGUUUGUCUAAAACUGUUCUAUGGCGACGUGUACACAAAUCACCCUACUAUGUGAAACCAGAACGUAAUACAUCGAUAUUAAAACAGGCAUAUGAACGCUUAAAAAACGGGGAACAGUUAAAACAUGUUAGUCAAGAUUUAAAUAUACCAAUUUCUACACUUCACAGGCAUAGAUCACGUUUAAUUAAAAACGGUGAUUUGCCUGAUAAUUUAAAUCAUAGAAGAAUCAGUAGUAGCGAAAAGAAAGACUUAAGGCAAAGGUUAUUUAACGCUAUGAACGUCUGCAUCCAUGAAGGUACUUCUCUGAAUCAAACUGCAAUAAUGUUUGAUCUUCCCAAAAGUACUCUUUGGCGACAUUUGCAAAAACGCCAAGAAGCAGCAAAAUUAACAAUGGGAAUAACAGAUACCGAUGUAGAUGAUAUUGAUAACAACACAAAUUAAAAUAAUUUAUUUAAACAAUAUCUUUUCAUAUUGAAGACAAUAUUGUUUUAGAUAAUAUAUGUUUAAAACGUAAUCAUAUUGAAUAUGGGAGAUUUAAAAUAAUUUUAAACGUUUUGAUAUAAAAUAAAAAUAGA